AUGACCACUGAAGCGAAACCUGCUGAAUCAAUUGAAGAAAUCAUCGAUUUUCAUCAGUUCAGUACACAGUCAACCAGUUUUGUUCGAUAUUCAGGAUACACUUACCUUGAUCAAUCGCCUGUAGACUCAUCCUCACCAGUCAGCAUUCUUCUGAAUUUUGAUUCACUAUGGAAUAAUUCAUCAGCAAUCAAUGAAAUACGCACUGGUAUUCUAGUCACUCAUUCAGAUUUUAUCGUAAAUAAUCAAACAACAAAAGUUUAUUCAUCGAAUCAAGUACCUAUUUUUCAAUGGAAGAAGUCCAAUCCAGAAGUAUACAAUCGAACUGAUUUACUACUUCUUAACAUCGAUGAAUACACGAGUGAAACAAGUAUGUGUAGAUGGAAUCCUGAUCGUUGGAAUCGUUUGUUUUACAAUCAAUCUUCAAGCGAAUCAACCUAUGCUCAUAUUCUCAAAACAGCAAAUACAAAUUUAACGUUUAUACUAACGAAUGGAACAAGUGGAUCAAAUCCUUCUCCUUACUUGACAGUCCUCUACUGUAUUCCAUACAAGUUGGGCAAAACGGAAGUGAUUUUAACUAUUAUAUUUAGUAUUAUUUUCAUACUUUUCCUUCUGACACUUAUUGCGUUACAUUACUUGAAAGGCGCAGACAAUUUGUCACGAUACUUUAUCAGAAAAAUGACUAGUAAAUCGAGUACAUACUCAAGUUAUCCGCGAACAUCAGUAUCAUCGACUGAAUAUAUCGAAUAG